AGAGCAUGACUUAAUCGAGACCUCUCAGGGCUGAGCUUGAUGUUUGGACCGUCUGGUGCCAUGGAUUGGUGCUCUACACCAAGGCUGAAUCUGAGGCUGCUGACCAUGUUUCUGCUCGUGUCUACCACUAUCUGUCUGCACGGAAAUCCUAUCACAGGUGUGCAUCACAAUCUGCACUGUGUGAACGAUUACUUGUUCACCAUCAACUGCUCCCUGGUCAUCGCGCCAUCAGAAAACUCCUCAGACACCAGCAGCUCAUACUGGCUCACCAUCAUGGAAACUUAUGAACAAGAGAAGUUUAAGUGUAUGCUGACAAACGUCAAAGGGGAUUACUUCUGUUCGGUUAAAAUAGCCAAUCCGCCUGAUGAUGAUUACCCAGACCUCUUAGACGACUUGGAUGAGUUUGAAAUCAAACUUUGUCACAACAAAAAGGAUGGGUCUGAAAACUGUGAGCUGCUGAAUAAUGCAUAUAGACCUCAGGACAACAUUAAACCAAACACACCGUGCUGCCUCACAGUUAACCACAACUCAAGUCAAUGGCGCUUCGCCUGGAAGAGUACCUAUGAGCAAUAUAGUUCUUUCUCCACUAUGGGCAAUAGCCUGAACUAUCAGCUCCAGUUCUUCAAGAGAGGAGACAAAGACAAAGUGACAUCACAAGAUAUUCACCGCUUCAACAGACAUUUUUCUGUGGAUGAUGAAAAUUUUGCACCAGGCACAAAGUAUGCUGCCAGAGUGCGGUCCAGACCUGAUCUUUCUGUUUUCAAGGGACAGUGGAGUGAUUGGUCCUCUGAGGUCUACUGGAAGACUUUGGGAGAGCCAGCUGUGGAUGAUAUGAUUGGGCUGGGCAAGGUGCUCAUCCCCAUAUGUGUGACGGUGCCACUCCUCUUACUUUUGUGCUAUGCUCCAGUUAAAAGGUGGAAGCAAAGGGCCUUCAUCCCAACUCCAGCACCCUAUUUCCAAACCCUGUACAGUGACUGUCAGGGAGACUUCAAGAGCUGGGUGAUUACACAAGAAAACACGGCAGACAUGCUGAAGGCAGAGCAGACGCUCCAAAUUGACGUGCUAACCAAGUUACAGGAUGUCCACGAGGAGGUGGAGAAGGAGAGCCAGCCAGAGUUUCAUCACCAGUUAAUGGAGGGCAGCACAUACAGCAACAUAAUUGACCCAGGCUGCGAUACUUCCCUCCUGGGGAUCCCGUACGCUGUAAGCACCAUGUCUCCACUGGCUCAAGGGAGCUCACUUAAGAGUUUGACCCUCAGCUCGCUGGCUGGGAGUCCUGCUGAAGGAGACUCGGGGUGUUGGCUCUGUAGCCACACGUCCCUGGAGAGGGACCCGCCUUUUUACUGCAAUGAGUACUGCACCCUGAGCGCCUUCCAGCAGAUUAGUCCGAUCCCAGCGGCGCUCCAGCUCCAGGAGAGCCUGUCAACAAAACCCUGCCCGACAGAGCUCAUAGGGGUGGAGGACGCACUUGCUGAAGCAUAAGCUGAUGUGUUUGCAUGUAGUGACUAGACAGUAAGACAUUGUAAAGCUGAACUUAUACAAGCAAAUGUAAAUCAACUGCAAGUAACUUGCAUAUAUAAAUAGAGAGGUACUUGGCCUUUAUGUUAUUUGCAUAGCGUUACGCAUAAUGUACAUCAUGCAUAUAUAUUAAUUGCAUAACCUUUUGAUCGCAUUAAAUGACUUCUAAAGACAAUUGUUCUUAGUUCAGUCAUCAAUAUCAUGUCUGUUUUGUUGCUUAACCCUAGACUAAGUUGUAUAUUUUUACUCAUGUAAUAAAGAAAAAGGCAAACAUUUUGUAGAAAGUUUUAUUUACGCCAACACAUACAUGAACAAAGCACCAUAUAACCUUAAAGUCUGAUACAGAAGUAAGCCUACCUGCCUCAGUCAUCAUGGCCAUUUUAUUUAUUCCAUAGCAAACACUCUGAAUAACAAAAAGACAGCCAAGGCAGCAGAUUCUAUCAUAUAUUACAGCAUGCUGAAUAGAAAACCUGGGAAAGAGAAUUAGACAGAGCCAUCUAGAGACACUAGUGAGAUACAACAGUAUAAAAGUGCCAUUCAUUAUACAGCAGUUGAAAUACUGACAAUGAAAUAAGCUAAUUUUACAUUAAAUUUAUGGAAAAUAAAGGGGGGAUAGAGGGGGGGCAAAAGGAAUAGACCCUGUGAAAGAGCAAAAUAAAACAGACAUUUUCUUCCUUGAACAUUGAUGAGAGCCAGCUUGCAUGGAGUUGAUGAAACUGGUACCGAGCUGUGUCCCUUGCACCACAUAAGACAAUAAUGUUUAAAAAAAGAAAUGACCAGGGUGCUGAAGCACCCAUCCCCUCCCAGCAUUAUGCGCCGACUGGCAAUUAAGAACAAAACAAACAAAACAAAACAAAAAAAGAUAGGUCAAAGAAGAACGGAUGGCACAGAAUGUGUGGAGUUUAAA